AAAUCUGGAAAUUUAUGAGCAGAAAAUCCUAAAUUUUAGGGUUUUAAUGGGCAGAUCUAUAGGCAGAAAAUAGAGCUACUCUGUUUUAAAUACUCGUUCAAAUAUCGGUCGAUUCAUUUCGCUUCUGUGCUUCUCUCUCAACAACACAACUCAAGUGUUCAAGCUCGUAGUGUUUAUAAGGCUGUUGAAGGGUCUUAAGGAGCUUAGUUUGGCUUUGGAAGCUCAGAAAGGGUCAUAAAAAUGCAGCCAGGUUCGGAGUUUAAUCCUACUGACCCUAUUGACAAGUCAAGGGUGUUGGAUAUAAAGCCAUUGAAAACUCUUAAACCAAUAUUCCCAUCUCAAAUGGGCACAUCCCCGUUUUCAUCUCCUCAAUCUGCUCCAUUUACUUGUGUCCCUCCAAUGGGUCCGUUUCCACCUGGGGUGGCACCCUUCUACCCUUUUGCUUUCACCAAUCAGUCUCAAGGGACUUCUGAUUUUGAGAACACCAUACCAUCGCCAGUUCCGUUGAAUUCUUUCAGAACUCCGAAGUCACAAUAUUCAAAUGGUGAUGCUGGCACAUCAAAAAAAGGACGAGGCAGGCCUCGAAAGGAUAGAACUGCACAAGUUUUCACAGACAAUUCCCCUAGUGUUGGUGUAGAUGUAGAGGAUUUCAGUGAUGGAAAGAAGCAAGGAGGGAGUUCUCAAAAGAGAGCCAAAGGUCCAAUCAAUCUGUUCUCAGUUGAAGUGAAUGUUGAUGAUACUGUUAAUCAGAUUUUGCGGGCAUUUAAACUGACAGGGUUGGAACCAUAUCAACAAGCUGAUGGGAAUAGGGAUUUAGUUGAACGGAUGGUACUGACAUAUAAUUUGCUGCGAAGAAGGCUAUUUCAAAUUAGCGAAGCAAAGGAGGGUACUCCAGGAGUUAAUAUACGUCCAGACUUAAAGUCUUCUUCAACUUUAAUGACUAAUGGGGUUAAAACUAAUAGCCAGAAGAGGAUUGGAAAUGUACCUGGCAUUGAAGUUGGUGAUAUUUUCUUUUACAGGAUAGAAAUGUGUACAGUAGGAAUGCAUGCCCCGACUAUGGCUGGGAUAGAUUAUUUAAAUGUUAAAGCUUCUGCUGAUGAUGAACCCGUGGCUGUCAGCGUUGUUUCAUCUGGAGCAUAUGAAGAUGAGGGUGACGAUGGGGAUGUCUUGAUAUAUAGUGGGCAUGGUGGAGUUAAAGAUGGGCAAGGUUGUGAUCAGAAACUUGUCAGGGGGAAUCUUGCACUGGAAAAGAGCUUGCAUCGGGCUAAUGUUGUAAGAGUUGUAAGGGGGGUGAAAGAUGUCAUGAGUGGAACAGGAAAGAUAUAUCUUUAUGAUGGUCUUUAUAAAAUACAUGAGUCUUGGGCUGAGAAAGGAAAGAAUGGUUUCAAUGUUUUUAAAUAUAAAUUUGUUAGAGUACCUGGUCAGCCUGAAGCAUUUACAUUGUGGAAAUCAAUAGAACAAUGGAAAGCGGGAUCUGGUACAAGGAGUGGGGUUAUCCUGCCUGACCUUACUUCAGGGGUAGAAAGUCUUCCAGUUUCUCUGGUAAAUGAUGUAGAUGAGGAAAAGGGUCCAGCAUAUUUCACAUAUACAUCUACUCUCAGGUAUGAUAAGCCAUUUGAUUUACCCAUUCCUUCGUCAAAUUGCUCAUGCCGUGGUGGAUGCCAACCUGGUGAUGCCAACUGCCCGUGUGUUCAAAGAAAUGGUGGUUUUCUUCCCUACAACACGCUUGGCGUAGUUCUGAAUUACAAAGCUCUGAUACAUGAGUGUGGCCCUUCGUGUUUAUGCCCUCCGAACUGCCGAAACCGGAUGUCCCAGGCAGGAUUAAAAGUUCGUCUAGAGGUGUUCCGGACAAAAGAUAAAGGUUGGGGACUUAGGUCUUGGGAUCCUAUUCGCAGUGGACAGUUUAUUUGUGAGUAUGCUGGAGAUGUUAUUGACACAUCCAGUGCAAUGGAGCUUGGGAGUGAACACGAGGACUUUAUCUUUGAUGCUACUCGUAUGUAUGCUCCACUAGAUUAUAGUUCUGAUGGGUCUGCAGAAGUCCCAUUUCCCCUUGUUAUUAGUGCAAAGAAUAGUGGAAAUGUAGCUCGCUUCAUGAACCAUAGCUGCUCUCCCAAUGUUUUCUGGCAACCAGUUUUGAGAGAUAAUGGAGAGAAAACUUAUCUUCAUGUUGCUUUCUUUUCCAUUGGACACAUCCCUCCCAUGCAAGAGUUAACAUUUGAUUAUGGGAUUCCCAAGUCUGACAAAGCUGAGCAGAGAAAGAAAGUAUGCUUAUGUGGGUCUCUGGAUUGUAAGGGUUAUUUUUAUUGACCAUGAGGAUCCUUAUAAGUUCUGGAAGAUGCAUAGGAGAACAGAAAAUCAGUGGUGCCGGUCAAGUGGUAGGAAAUUGUUGUGCGGCUUAAUGGAAUUUGCUCCAACACAAAGCAGGGAACAGUAGGCUUGGCAUGUGUGAAGUUAACAUGGAUGUCAUGUUUAAUUUAUAGCUGAGAACCUUGUGUUAUAGACUUUUGCGAUUUCAUGUAGCUGCAAAUAGCUUGAGACUUUCAUAAAGUUCAGUUUGUUCACAGUUUUUUAUUUGACAUUUUUAAGCCUUCAAGUGUCUGCAGAUCCUUUUCUGUAAGAAACUACCUAGUGUAAUAGUAGUUAUGACCAUUUUCUUCAUUAA